AUGGCUUUGCUGCUCGGGGAAGAGGAAGACGAGCCCCCAUCGCCCGUCUUCGAGCCUCUGGAGAGGAUGGAAGUACACCCCAUGGAGGUGGAGGUGUCUACUACGGCACCUUCUCCCCCGGUGGAUGAGACUCGGGCGGAAAAUCCCGAGGGCAGUGCAGCUCCAAAGGCAACGCCGGAGGAGGAGCUGGUGAGGAGUUUGGUGGCGACGUUGUCGGCCAACCCUGGGUUGCUGGCGGCUGUGUUUGCACAGCUGCCACCUGUCAACCUGGGGCCCUCGACGUCAGCGAUGCCGCCACCAGCACCAGUAGUAAGGCCGGAGGAAACGGCCGGACCCUGGGAAAGGAAGACGGGGCGAAAAACCCUCGUCAAACCUCCCCCCAGGAGAUCAGAGACCCCCCUCCCGAAACCCGAAGCCGAGGAGCAGAGCUCCAAAGCUAAGGGCCGAGGGAUAAAGGUAGCGGCGAAAGAGGUGGGGCCGCAAGGCUACACUGGGCAGGGCACCGGGGCAGGGACGAAGCGCACCUACGCCGAAGUCCUGCACGGGAAGAGGACGGAGAGCUCAGGGCCGAAAGGCUCUGAGAGGAAAAUCCCCCCAGCCGCAGCGCUGGAGCCUGAGGCCAAAGAGGUGACCUCCGAGGCCAAGGGCAAACUCCCUUCAACAGGGAGGAGGAAGGGGAAGAGGUCAGGGGCGCAAAACCUGAAGGAAAGGACCCCGAAGCGGAGGCACGGAGCAUUCACCUCCAAAUACUCCAGCACGGGGGGGAAGGACCCACAGAGGCGGUUGGGGCGAAAAUCCCCAAGCGUAAGGCCUGUGAAGACGAGAGGAUGGAUACAACAUCCCCUCUCGUCGACGAGGAAACCCCCAGGCAGGAGGAGAAGAGGAGGAAACUCGCGCAAUCCCUCAUCCCAGCACGCCUGUGCUGGAACUGCCGGAAAACGGGACAUAAGGGCAGAGAUUGCCCGGAGGCACGAAGGCCCCACUGCCGAAGGUGCGGCAUCCCGUGCAGCGAGGAAUUUUGUGCNAAAAUCCCCAAGCGUAAGGCCUGUGAAGACGAGAGGAUGGAUACAACAUCCCCUCUCGUCGACGACGAAACCCCCAGGCAGGAGGAGAAGAGGAGGAAACUCCCGCAAUCCCUCAUUCCAGCACGCCUGUGCUGGAACUGCCGGAAAACGGGACAUAAGGGCAGAGAUUGCCCGGAGGCACGAAGGCCCCACUGCCGAAGGUGCGGCAUCCCGUGCAGCGAGGAAUUUUGUGCCUCCUGCACCAGAAAAUGGGAAGCCAUGGGCCCAUGGGUGCCUGAAUUCGGGCAGAAGGUUAGUAAAAUUCCCCAAAGGGCCUCCAGAGUAG